AUUAGUCUUGAUUGAUAUGGGUCAUACAUGAAAUUCUCUAAUAGCAUCCAAAAGUAUAUAUGUGACUCUUAAUUUCAUUUCGAGAGAUUUCGUCCAUCAUCUUUCAACCAUAUGAACAAACAGCAGUUAACGUUGUGAUGCAAAACAACUAUAUACUUCUAAUUGUUUAGAUAUACGAUAACGCUGUCUAAUAUUGGUUCAUGUAUUUAGUGGUGAAUCAAAUUGUGUUGAGCUGCAGUUGAAAUCAAAUUUAGAAGAAAAGUACAGUCAGCGCUCACUACCGUCCCGAUGUGGUUUCGUUUUAUUCAAUGAUCAGACCGUUGGAAUAUUCACGUUGGUCUAGGGUAAACAAAUUGUGGAUAGGUGGAAAAUGAAUGAUCAUGGCAUCUGCGAAACAGGAUCUUGCUACGUAUAAUGUAACUCAUUUAUUACGUCAGUGGGAUUGUUCAUCUGAAGAAAAACGUCGUCAGCUUCUUGACGAUUUCAUUAAACAAUACUAUAAUUGUACUGGACCCGAUUUAGAAUCAGAAUUCGCCCAAAUGGCUAGUUUAUUUUUGGCUAGAAUAUGCGUAUGGAUAAAAUUAACUUACAUGUCAGGAACUUGUCUAACAGAACAGCUUCAAGCUCUUCAUAUAUUUUUAUCAGCUUCAAACAGCUAUAAUUAUUUACUAGAGUUUUUGGAGUAUGGUGGUGUAUUGUGUUUACAGGAAGUAUGGAUUUCAUCGAGUGCAAAAGAAGUGGAUAAACGUUGGGCGCUUAAAGUAUUAUCUUGCGUUGCCAAUGGUGGUACACAUUAUAAGGAGACAAUUUGUGAAUGUUAUGGUAUUCGUGCUGUUGCUGAAUGUAUGGCCAAGUCAAAGUCAGAGGAAACACAAGAGUCUGCUAGAGAUUUAUUAGAAAUAUUAGCUGAAGGCAAUCCUCGUUUCUCUGAUCAAGUUUACAAAGGAUUAAUUGGCGUUUUACCAUGUAAUUCACCAAAAGCUCAACAAUUAGCACUUCAAAGUAUACGAAUUUUACAGGCAAAGCGUAAUACUGCCAAUAGGGCCUUAAUCGACAGAAUAAUCUACUUACUGGAGUCAUUGCAUUUGGAAGUCCAAUCAGCAGUUAUUGAAUUACUUCGUGUUCUGAUGGGAUUCGAUAUUGCUGAUGAUAUAUUAAUGGCUUUAAUUACCUUGUUAAAACCUCAGCAUGAAAUACAGCUCGGCAAAUUAUUCACUGAAGCAACAUCAGAUGAUAACGAUGAUGAAAUAAGUUCAUCUCAUAUGGACGGUAAUGAGGAAAGUUAUCCUUCUCAUCCUAUCCCGUUAGAUAGUCGUAAUAUUAGUGGCAUACCAGAAAUGAAACCUUUAUCUAUGAGCAAUACAAAGUCAACUAAAUUAAAUGUCAAAUACCCUAGCACUAGUGCUAACGGUAACAGCGGUAAAACAGAAAAAACGAUGAAAAAGAAUCAUAGACAUCAAAAUCAAGGGCCAGAUUCAGAAUUCGAUGGUAAUGAACCAUUAUCGGUGUUCGUUCAACAAGCAGCUGCAGCUAAAUGUCUACGUAUUCUCUCGCAAGAUUCUUCAACAGUAUCAAGAAAGAUAAUCAAGAUGGGCGCUUUAUCAAAUCUUUUAUAUGCUAUGGGUAAUCUUGAAUUUUCAGAUAGUCAACGACAAGCUAGUUUAGCUUUAGAGUAUCUUUGCCGAACGUAUCCUUUAGUAGAUGAAGUUGUUUCUGAGUCAAUGGGUCCAGUUUUACAUGAGGAAUUCAUUAAAAAUCCUGAUUCACACUAUCUACAAAUGACUCCAUUACAAGCAGAUAUUUUAGUUUCGAAUAAAGUGAAUUAUACAGGAGAGGGAUUAUGAAUUUAUCAAAUAAUCAAUUAUUAUUAUAUGAUGAAUCAAAGAAUUUUUCAAUUAUAUAAAAUCAAAUGGAUUUACAAUUACUCUAUCUCACGUCAUUCAUCUCUCUAUCUCUGGAAGGUUCUGCAGUCCAUGUCGAAUUAUCAUCAAAAUGGAUAGAAUCAGUUAUUUAUUUAUAUUUUCACCAUGUGUGUUAAUUACAAUCCGAUUUUUUAUUUCCUUGUUUAGACAUAUCUGUAUAAAAAACACCAGUGGAUAUUAUUGUUGUCAUAAUAUACAUGUACAUAUAUACAUUUGUUUGUCAAUAAAUUGACUGUAGU